GUUACAUUUCGAAUUGAAACUGUAUCAAACCGAACAUGUCCGUCGUGAGAAACGUUACGAUUCUCUUUGUGCUCUCGAUGCUAACGAGAGUCUGUUUUCUGACGAUAAGUAAGACUGUGUCAGUCAAUACAGUAAGAAACAUCACCGGAAUGUCGAAGUUUGACUUACCAAAUCGUUUGAAGGGCAAUGAAAAGUCUGUCUGGGUCGAAUAUAUCCAGCUCGCUCUACAGUACAAGCCACUGAACUUGGGCCAAGGCUUUCCUGACUAUUAUGCGCCAGAGAAUGUAACAAAUGCCCUAGCUACUGUCGCUAAAAGUGACAAUCCACUUUUGCAACAGUAUACGAGAGGAUUUGGUCAUCCAAGGCUAGUGAAUGCUAUUGCAAAGUUUUACUCCAAGCUUAUCAAUCGUGAUUUGGAUCCAAACAAGGAAGUGCUGGUUACUGCUGGUGCUUACGAAGCAUUAUAUUCUAGUCUACAAGGUCAUACUAACCUUGGAGAUGAAUGGAUCGUCAUUGAACCUUUCUUUGAUUGUUAUGUACCUAUGAUACAGACUGCUGGAGGAAUACCCAGAUUCAUAGCAUUAAAACCAAAAUCUACAUCAGGCACAGUUACCUCUGGCGAUUGGGUAUUUGAUAGGAAAGAAAUGGAAGGUCUUUUCAAUGAGAAAACUAAAGGUAUCGUCAUUAACACUCCACACAAUCCUAUAGGAAAAAUAUUUACGCUGGAUGAAUUGCAAUUUAUUGCCGAUCUCGCAAAAAAAUGGAAUGUACUUGUUAUUUCUGACGAGGUUUACGAGCAUAUCGUUUACGAACCGUACAAACAUAUAAGAAUGGCGACAUUGCCUGGUAUGUAUGAACGCACAAUCACAAUUGAGCGUUUGUUACAUAAUCUACAAGUUGUACAUCAGAACUCCGUGUAUACUUGUACUACACCAACUCAGGAAGCAGUAGCUAUUGGAUUUGAAUUAGAAAUGGAACGCUUAGAGCAACCGGACUGUUAUUUCCGCAGUCUGGCAAUGGAAUUAUUACCGAAGCGCGAUUAUAUGGCGAAAUUUCUUCAAGAAGUUGGUAUGGUACCGACGAUACCCGAAGGUGGAUAUUUUAUGCUCGCUAAUUGGUCUGCAUUGGAAAACAAAGUGAAACUGAAUGAGGAAACGGACGCUAGUAAAGACUAUAGAUUCACUAAGUGGAUGACGAAGAACGUCGGUCUUCAAGGUAUUCCUCCUACGGCAUUUUAUGGUCCUGAACAUAAAACUCUAGCAGAAGACUAUGUACGAUAUUGUUUUAUAAAGAAAGACGAAAAUUUGAAAGCAGCCGCCAAAAUCUUGAAGAAAUGGGUAUCUCAAUAAUUGAGACUAAGUAUGUAUA